AUGGGAGGAGAUCUGAAUUUGAAGAAGUCAUGGCAUCCGGGGUUGAUGAAGAACCAGGAGCGCGUAUGGCUCGAAGAGAAACGCGCUCUAGAGGAGCGCAAACAGAUUGCACAAUUACGGCGUGAACGAGAGGAGGAGCGCCAGAUGGAAGAAAUCCAACGCCUUCAAGAAGCCUCCGGAAAGACGAAGAUACAAAGCCGAGUCGAUUGGAUGUACCAGGCGCCUUCGAGCGCGACCGGGCAUUACAGCGAGGAGAUGGAAGGGUACCUGCUGGGGAAGCGGCGCAUCGAUGGGGUCAUCCUGAAAAACGAUCAUGACACAAAGAAGCUGGAGAAGGGCUCGGAGGUGGUGGGCAGUGCGGCGGCCGGCCCGUCUGCCAUGUCGGCGCGUGACACCAUGUCCAAGGUUAUGGCGGACCCGUUGCUGGAAGUGAAGAAGAGGGAACAAGCGGCAUAUGAUGCAAUGGUGAAAGAGGCGAUCAGACGCAAGGAAAGGGAGCAGAAACGCGCGGGUUCCGGUCGGGACAAGGAACGUGACCGUGGUGAUCGGGACCAUCGUCACCGUAGCCAUGACUCAAAGCGCAGACGCUACAGCGACGAUGCAGGCGAUGAUCGCCGUGACCGCCAUCACCGAAGAUCGUCCCCUCGUCGACACCGAUCGAGAUCGCCUGCUUCGCCCGACAGAUCUUCCCGCAGACAUCGCAGUGACCGUGACCGCGAACGACGCGACGACAGACACCGCUCAGAUAGCCGUGAUCGGAGGAAUGAUAGGCAUCGGUCUCGCCGGGACGAUAGAGAUCGGGACAUAGACCAUCGCGACCAUCAAGACAGGAGGGGUUCCUACUCUGGCCGGCACCAAGACCGGGACGACAGACGUGACCGAGACCGCUCACCACGUCGAUACUCCCGGUCCCCCGUCCCGUCCAGUGACCGCAAAGAGCACCCGACUGCCGCCGAAGACCGCCGCCGGGACUACCUCCGGCGCGAAUACAACAAUCGACGUGACUCCGGCCGAAACAACAUGCCACCCCCAACCCGUGCUCCAGCACCAAGACCUGAUCCAAAAGACCUGGAAGAAGAACGCCGCCGCAAGUUGGAAGAGAUGCAGUCCAGCGCGGCCGAUAUGGAAACAGAGCGACUCCAGCGCAUCGCUGAAAUCACUGCCAAGGAAGAACAGCAACGGGAGGCUGAUGAUCGGCUGCGCUCAGAUCGGGGCAGGUUCAUGUCUGAUGUCAACAAGCGCGUGCAGGAGGAUACCCUUGAUGAACGUAUUCGUCGUAGCCGUGGUGGGCUUGCUAAGAUGGAGGAGGAUUGA